AUGCCGUUUGGAUGUGUUACCUUGGGAGAUAAGAAGGAUUAUAACCAGCCAUCUGAGGUGACUGACAGAUAUGACCUGGGACAAGUAAUCAAAACAGAGGAGUUUUGUGAGAUAUUCCGUGCCAAAGAGAAAUCGACAGGCAAGCUUUAUACUUGCAAGAAGUUUCUGAAGAGAGAUGGGCGCAAAGUGCGGAAGGCAGCCAAGAAUGAGAUCAUCAUCCUGAAGAUGGUAAAGCACCCCAACAUUCUACAACUGGUGGAUGUAUAUGUUACCCGGAAAGAGUAUUUCCUCUUCUUGGAGCUGGCCACUGGUCGAGAGGUAUUUGAUUGGAUCUUGGACCAAGGGUACUACUCUGAGCGUGACACUAGUAAUGUCAUCAGGCAGGUCUUGGAGGCUGUAGCAUACCUGCAUUCACUGAAGAUCGUACACAGGAAUCUCAAGCUAGAAAAUUUAGUAUAUUACAACCGCCUGAAGAAUUCUAAGAUUGUGAUCAGUGACUUUCACCUAGCCAAGUUGGAGAAUGGGCUCAUCAAAGAACCUUGUGGAACUCCUGAAUAUCUCGCACCUGAAGUGGUGGGGCGCCAACGAUAUGGGCGGCCUGUGGACUGCUGGGCUAUUGGUGUGAUCAUGUAUAUUCUCUUGUCGGGAAACCCACCCUUCUAUGAGGAAAUGGAUGAGGAUGAUUAUGAGAACCACGACAAGAACCUGUUUCGCAAGAUCUUGGCUGGAGACUAUGAAUUUGAUCCUCCUUAUUGGGAUGAUAUCUCACAGGCAGCUAAGGACCUAGUAGCCCGUCUGAUGGAGGUGGAUCAAGACCAGAGAAUUACAGCAGAAGAAGCUAUCUCUCAUGAAUGGAUUUCUGGCAAUGCAGCUUCUGACAAGAAUAUAAAAGAUGGAGUAUGUGCUCAGAUUGAAAAGAACUUUGCCAGAGCAAAAUGGAAGAAAGCUGUUCGAGUGACCACAAUGAUGAAGAGACUCCGAGCGCCAGAUCACACAGAUGCAGCUAAGCCAACCCUUCCCACUGCUGCCACAACAGAUGGUGCUGCUACAACACAGCCCAACAACACCCUGCAGGCUAAACCUGAAGCAGAUAACACAGCUCCAACAACUGAAGCUGCCCGGGUGGCCACAGUGGUAUCAGCCCCUGCAGAAGGAAACCCAGAGGGAAAAACAUCCACAGCUCCAGCAACUAAAGCAGAAACAUCAACAAUGACAUCAGCAGGUCCAGCGACAUGCAACGGGGAAGGAACCACUGCCCCCAGUGCCACCCCCGAGUCCUGGAAUGAGGAGACUGGCUGAGUCAGAGAGGAGCCAAGCAAGGGCAGGAUUGUACCUCUCUGUGUUGUAUCUCUCUUGUAAAUAAUCACCGGCAUGGUCCCUCCAAGUGUCCUGGCUUCCCAAUCAUUCCCUCUGUGUGUGGCUGUCAGUUUGUCUCACUCUGUGUUACUCCAGCAGAGUUUCUAUUUUCUAUAUGACACAAUCCAGAGUG